ACUUAUUCGAGCCACAACUCGUCAACAAGGUGGAGGUUUCAAGAUUUUUUUGCAAUCGCUCAUCAUCAUAUGAACUCACUCUGCACAUCUUGGAUCAGAGUCAGCUUUAGUGAGGGAAAUAUGAAGGGGAAAGGUGGGCAAACUGGCCAGAAUAAGGGAAGGAAGAAGAUCAAGCCUGGUGCUGUGGUCUCCGAUGGUACGGGAGAAGGCUCCUUGUCGAGAAGAGCGGCAAAGAGACGGCAGAAGAAGGGCAAAGCCAAGGCCGUUCAGCAGGAUACUCCUGUAGAAGUGAUCGACCUGACCUUCGAUGAGGCGUCCAGGGCCUCGAGUCCCAGAGGUCACGCCCAGCAUGGCCAGUCCAACUUCACAGGCACAUCCGGAGCUGGAUCAUCAAAAUCUGGUGCUCAGCAGAUCUUCGAGUCGAUUCCCCCUUCCAUCCUCGUUGGUAUCGAUCAGACCGCAAUUGAAAGCUCGGCACAAGAUCAUCAGUCAAAGCCGAACGCUCUUCUUGGGCUCGAAGUAUUCAUCGACGAUCAGUUAGUGGAGUCAGGCCAAAGCGUAGAUCGCCAGGCAGACGAAAGCAGCGCACGAGCCACCGAGGGCGAUUCGACUGCCUCUUCGGCAUCCUCGGUGCAACAACCCGCGACCCCUAGAGCAGCCUCGCCACUUCUUGAUUCAGUUCCAUUCAUCAAAGAUGCUCCUAUGGAGCUGCUGCUUCCGGAGAACGUUUCGAUCGAUGCGACCAAUCAAGCAGCAACGGAGUCGCCGCUCGAUGAUGGAGACAUGGAGGGACUCCAUUUCCUAGGCGACGAGACGACUAAAGGCGUGUCGCGGUACUUUGAGCCACCAGCGCCAGAAACGACAGAAGCGGAAGCCGCUUUCCUAGCUACUGCGGAUCAGAGCAAGAUCUGUACCAAUUGCAAGAAACCAGGACAUAAACGGCAAAAUUGUCCCCAUACUCUGUGCCCAGUCUGUGGUGCAGUCGACUCUCAUGAGCGACGAGACUGCCCUGUCAGCUUGGUCUGCUUUGGCUGUGGACAACGUGGUCAUCGUCAAGCUAAUUGUCCAGACCCGAUGACAAGGAAUUCAAAAAAGAGAGGCUGCGAUAGGUGCGGAGCGCGAGAUCAUCCAGAGAAUAGCUGUCCGUCUCUCUGGCGAGUAUAUUCGUAUUUCUCUGUCCAAGCCAGGACGACGCUUCAAGCGGUGAAGUCAGAGUCGUCCGGCUGGCAACGAGAAGCUGUAGGAGGUGAUGAGCUGGACGAGUGGUGCUACAAUUGUGCAGGCAAAGGUCAUCUCGGCGAUGAUUGCCCAGAAAGUCGAGUUUCUGGAGCAAAAUUAUACACACCCUCUGCGUUCUCAUACGCUAUGCAAUCUAGAGGUCCAUACUUCAUCCCCGGGCCCUCGGGAUCAAAAUCUAUGCCUAGGCCGACACACAAGCGAUGGACCGACAACGACGAUGAGAUUCUGCCGUUCGCUUCAUCAGCUUUCGAAGGCGCCAACGCGGGCAAAAGGAGUCGAGACAAGGCUAGACAAGCGAUGUCAUCGAAGGAGGUCGAGGAUGAAGAUGGGGAUGACUGGUUUGGAGGAAUUGGACGUGGCGGGGCUGCAGGCGGAGGUAGAGGCAGAUUUGGAACUCCCCGAGGAGGAAAUCGAGGUCGUGGAGGUCUACCAUUUGGCCAUUCCCACUUGAUGAGAUCUGAUCAGCGUCAUCGUGGAGGACAGAACACGAAUGUGGCCAACUCCAUUGCGUUUGGCAGACUGUCUCUCCCCAGCGGUCCGAAUGGUCAAUCGUCUGCUUCAUCAGGUGGAUUGAUAGGCAAGAAACAUCAAGGUCUCCCGCCGUCUCUUCCGCCCAAACCAAAGUUUUCUACGCCUGUGCAAUUUAGUAAACGUCAUCCUAUCGGCUCAUCCUCCAGGAGACAUCCCAGUCCUGCACCUGCAGCAGGUCCAGGUCCAGGAUCAGGAUCAGGCGGGCAUAGAGAUAAGAAAAGGAAGAGGGACUCGGGUGAUAGAGAUUGGGAGAUGGAAUGGCAAAACUCAGGCAUAUCAGGAGGCAGUGUGGUAGGUUGGGGCCGAGAUCUGGACAAGGAGGAGAGAGCAGUGAAGAAGAUGAAAGGGAAGCAAGGGCCUACGACAUCUAAACAGGGUCAAAAGUCAAAGGCGCAGUCGAAUGGCAAAGUAGGGAAGACAGGUCCAAACAAGACGUCUGGACAAAAGUACACUGGCGGAUAUUGAGGGCAACCGCACGAUCACUCUUCACGCCCUCUUCUUCUGCAAUGGCUACAAU